GGAUUGAGUUGGUAUAUUACAGAGUGGUCAUUCCGUCCUGGAAAUGAGUGCCUAUAUUGUUGGUGUCCUUGUUCCUCUCAUAGUUACCAUACUAUUCCGGAAUUCCAGGAAUGUGAAAAAACGUGGUGUCCCCGCCGAUGUUGGUGGUGAACCUGGGUUUGCAAUUCGGAAUCAUCGGUUUCCUUCCCCGGUCAGUACGGCAUGGAAGGGUGUAACAACUCUUGCAGACCUUUUUGAGCUCGCUUGUAAGCAGCAUCGAGACAGGUUUUUGCUUGGGACCCGCACUUUGAUCUCGAGGGAGGUUGAAAUAACUGAUGAUGGAAGGUCUUUUGAGAAGCUGUCCUUGGGAGACUAUGAAUGGUUGACAUAUGGGAAAACGUUCGAGGCUGUCUGUAACUUUGCCUCUGGUCUAGCAAAAAUUGGGCAUGUGAAGGAAGAACGAGCCGCAAUCUUUGCUGACACAAGGGAAGAAUGGUUUAUUGCAUUACAGGGUUGCUUUAGACGCAAUGUUACUGUUGUGACUAUAUAUGCAUCACUGGGAGAUGAAGCUUUAUGUCAUUCGUUAAAUGAGACUGAGGUUACGACUGUAAUUUGUGGGCAAAAAGAACUGAAGAAGUUGGUACACAUAAGUGGACAACUUGACACCGUUAAACGUGUCAUAUGCAUGGAUGAUGAUAUCCCCCCUGACACCUCAUCUGUUGAGCAUGGCUGGACAAUCACUUCCUUUGCCAAUGUUGAGAGACUCGGUAGAGAAAAUCCUGUUGAUGCUGAUUUACCUCUUCCGGCAGAUGUUGCAGUUAUAAUGUACACCAGUGGAAGUACGGGAUUGCCCAAGGGAGUGAUGAUGACACAUGGUAAUGUCUUGGCAACAGUCUCUGCUGUCAUGACAAUUGUUCCUGACCUUGGGAAAAAGGAUGUUUACCUGGCAUACUUACCAAUGGCCCAUAUUCUUGAAUUAGCGGCUGAGAAUUUGAUUGCAGCUGUUGGAAGUGCCAUAGGAUAUGGAUCUCCUUUGACUCUAACUGAUACAUCAAGCAAGAUAAAAAGGGGAACGAAGGGGGAUGCCACUGUAUUGAUGCCAACUUUAAUGGCAGCUGUACCAGCUAUUCUUGAUCGUGUUCGUGAUGGAGUGCUCAAGAAGGUAAAUGCAACAGGAGGAUUGUCCAAGAAAAUGUUUGAUUUAGCCUAUUCUCGCAGGUUGAAUUCAAUUAAUGGUAGCUGGUUUGGAGCUUGGGGCUUGGAAAAGGCUCUCUGGGAUGGUUUAGUGUUCAAUAAGGUCAGAGCAAUCCUGGGGGGUCGUAUCCGUUUUAUACUCUCUGGCGGGGCUCCCCUUUCAAGUGAUACCCAAAGAUUCAUCAAUAUUUGUCUUGGUGCUCCGAUUGGUCAAGGAUAUGGUCUCACAGAAACUUGUGCUGGUGGGACAUUCUCUGAUUUUGAUGAUACAUCGGUUGGUCGUGUGGGACCACCUCUUCCUUGCUCUUUUAUCAAGCUAAUCAAUUGGCCUGAUGGUGGAUAUUUGACUGAUGAUUUACCAAUGCCCCGUGGUGAAAUUGUGAUUGGUGGUCCAAAUGUCACUCUUGGAUACUUCAAAAAUGAAGAAAAGACACGAGAGUCUUACAAGGUUGAUGAAAGAGGAAUGAGAUGGUUCUACACUGGUGACAUAGGGAGGUUCCAUCCAGACGGUUGCCUUGAGAUUAUUGAUCGUAAAAAGGACAUAGUUAAACUCCAGCAUGGUGAAUAUGUCUCCCUAGGAAAGGUUGAGGCAGCUCUUAGUGUCAGCCCCUACGUAGACAAUAUUAUGUUGUAUGUUGAUCCUUUUCACAGUUACUGUGUGGCACUUGUCGUGGCUUCUCAGUCUGCAGUGGAAGAAUGGGUUUCAAGGCAAGGCAUUGCUUAUUCUGAUUUCUCGGAAUUGUGCAGGAAAGAAGAAACUGUUCGGGAAGUAGAAGCAUCCCUUGUAAAGGAAGCUAAGAAGGCUCGCUUGGAGAAAUUUGAAAUUCCUAGAAAAAUUAGGCUGCUUUCAGACCCCUGGACUCCUGAAUCUGGCCUAGUGACUGCAGCUCUCAAGAUCAAAAGAGAAGCCAUCAGAAAAGCCUUCGCUGAGGAACUGGAGAAAUUAUAUUCUUCAUGAGCUGGCGAAGUUAUACUCUUCAUUCCAAUGAGCUGAUCUUUUUGGUUUUAUCUUAAUUCCUCCCCUUCCUUUUCUUCGAAGGGGAGGGGUGAUAGUGGCAGGAGCAGGGAAGAAGGUUUUGUAUCCCUUCUUUUUGACUUACCUUUGUCACUCGUAGAGGUUCAUCAGAGAAUUUGCUUGCAUACAUAUGACUCUUGUUUCCAUCUCAAGUUUACUUGGUCGAAUUAAAACCAACAAUUUGGUACAACAAAUGUUAAACUCAGUUUUAGCUCUCAAAAA